UUCCUCUCCAAAGGAGUAGGACACAGGAAGGAAAAAAGAGCCACAAGCAAAACGCAGACACUGGUGCAGUCAGAGAGGGGCUCUCGAGGGAGCGGGCUGCAGCUGGACUCGGAUCAUCAGCAGGACGGUGGAACUCUUCCAGCGUGGGUGGAGGAACAGACAGAGGAAAUGGCCGAUGAAGUAGACCUGGAGUCUCUCAAGGAGUUGGAACGCGAGGUCAUUCUCCAGGUCCUGUAUCGAGACCGGGCUGUUCAAAGCAUUGAGGAGGAAAGGAUUCGGAAACUGAAAACACACCUGCAGCAUCUCAGGUGGAAAGGGGCAAAGAGUUCAAGUCAGGAGUACCGGGAGAAGUGUUGUGCACGCUGCCAGCGGGCUCUGGGACUGCUGCUGAACCGUGGGGCCGUGUGCCAGGGCUGCAGCCACCGUGUGUGCUCUGAGUGCCGUGUGUUCCUGCGCAGGACCCACACCUGGAAGUGCACUGUAUGCUUUGAGGACAGAAAUAUGAAAAUAAAAACUGGAGAAUGGUUCUUUGAGGAACGAGCCAAGAAAUUUCCAACUGAAGGUAAACAUGAAACGGCCGGGGCAAAGCUGCUGCAAUCUUAUCAGAGGUUGAGCAAAAUCUCUGUGGUUCCUCCUACUCCACCACCCCUCAGUGAGAGCCAGUGCGGCGGCAGCCCCAGCAGGGUAACUGUGUGUUUACAGGAACUUGGUCAAUUUAGAGGAUUUAAUAAGUCUGUGGAAAACUUGUUUCUGUCUGUUACCACCCACAUGAAAAAACUCUCCAAGUCCCAGAAUGACAUGAGUUCUGAGAAGCAUCUUCUAGCCAUGGAUCCCAGGCAGUGCAUGGGCCAGACAGAGAGGCGGAGCCAAUCAGACACUGCUGUGAACGUCACCUCCAGGAAGGUCAGCAUGCCAGAAAUUCUGAAGCCUUUCCAUCAAGAGGAUCUGAAACGCUCUCCUAGCCCUGUUUUGAAGCAAGAUGCUCUCCCAUUGAGUCCACCACCCAGCACUGUAUUCUCUGGAGGCUUGAGACAUGGAAGCUUAAUUAGCAUUAACAGCACCUGCACAGAGAUGGGUAAUUUUGACAAUGCUAAUAAUGUCACUGGAGAAAUAGAAUUUGCCAUUCGCUACUGCUUUAAAACCCAGUCUUUAGAAAUAUGCAUCAAGAGCUGUAAGAAUCUUGCUUAUGGAGAGGAAAAGAAGAAAAAGUGCAAUCCGUAUGUCAAGACCUACCUGCUGCCUGACAGGUCCUCCCAAGGAAAACGCAAGACAAGAGUCCAAAAGAACACGCUGGACCCGACCUUUGAAGAGACCUUAAAGUAUCAAGUGGACCCUGCCCAGCUGGUAACGCGGAGGUUGCAGGUCUCUGUGUGGCACCUGGGCACCCUUGCCCGGAGGGUAUUCCUUGGAGAAGUGAUUCUUUCUCUGGCCACGUGGGACUUUGAGGAUAGUGUGGUGCAGACUUCCCAUUCGUAUCCACUCCGGUCCAAGGCUGAGAAAUAUGAAGACGGUGUUCCUCAGAAUAAUGGUGAACUUGCUGUUCGAGCCAAACUGGUCCUCCCCGCAGGGUCAAGAAAGGUCCAGGAGACCCAAGAAGACCAGCUGUCACUUAAUGGCCAACUUUGUUUGGUUGUGCUGGGAGCCAAGAAUUUACCUGUGCGGUCAGAUGGUACCUUAAACUCAUUUGUUAAGGGCUGUCUCACCCUGCCAGACCAACAAAAACUUCGACUGAAGUCCCCGGUACUGAAGAAGCAAGGUUGUCCCCAGUGGAAACACUCCUUUGUGUUCAAUGGCGUUAGCAGUUCUCAGCUGAGGCAGUCAAGCUUGGAGCUAACUGUCUGGGACCAGGCCAUCUUUGGUAUGAGCGACCGCCUGCUGGGUGGAGCCAGGCUUGGCACAAAGGGAGGUGCAGCUGGUAGUGUGGACUCGUGUUCCCAGUCAAAGCUUCAGUGGCAGAAAGUCCUGUCCAGCCCCAACUUAUGGACAGACAUGACCCUUGUCCUACACUGAGGUGAAGCCAUGCCUGCUGAAAAAGUCGACAGCACCUGAGACUGUCAGUCACAGAACCAGACCACUGGGUCACAUGGACCUGCCUGGGUCUAUCACAUCUUAGAGCAUUCCACACCUGUGUGUGCUUACGAUAACAGAACAAUGACUAGUGCUGCCCAAGUCAGUCUGGUGGGGGGCGGUUACCGUCUCUUGAGAGAUGUGGAAAACCAUUUGAUUUCAAUAAAUG